GUCUGGUCUGAUCUGGUCUGAUCUGGUAAAUGUCUGGUCUCUGUGUAUUUUAUAACUAGGGAAAACUGUCAAAUAGGUCCCUGUACUAUAUGAAAAAAGUCAAUUAAGUCCUCGUAAUAUUAAAUCAUCCAAUCAAAUCCUCCAACUACAAAAAAACUGUCAAUUAAGUCUUUCAGCCGGUAAACAACCGGUAAACGUUAACUUAUACACAUGGCUGGUCCACGUGGCAGACUUUUCCUUUUUUUCCUUUUCUUUUUCCCCUUCUCUUUUCCUUGGUUUUCUUCUUCCGCCCAAGCCCCGCUGCACAACAUCUUUACAGAGUAUGUUAUUUCCUCUUUCCUUCUUUCUUUUCUCCACCCCAAUCUAAAGAAGCUUGCCAUUUUUUCAUCUCCGGAACUUCAGCAAGUACAGAGGAGGAUGGGUGCUGCAAACGACGUGGACCAUGGGUGCUGCCACUUGCCUCAGAUGAUCAUAUCUUCUUCUCCGAUGCGGGGCGUGCCGACGAAGUUGUGCACUGGCUCACCGCUCAUCAGUCUUCUUCUUCUCCAUCCAUCUGGUUCUAUUCAAUUCGUUGCUUUGCUGCAAAACUAGUUGGCACCGGCAUGAUGGCUGCUGUGAUCAGGGGCGGAUCUGGGCCUAGGCCAGGGCGGGCCUAGGCCCACACUCAAAAAAAAAAUAAAAUUACUAGUAUAUAUAGGUGUUAUAUUAUAUAUAUUGUUGUUAAGUUAUGAUAUAAUUAUAUAGAAUGUCAAUUUGAACACAAAUGCUCUAUUAGCAACAUGGAAGGAGACCCCCACCAACUUGAACAUCCCAGGUUCGAAGAUCAUGUAGAGCAUGAUUUUUUCUUUUACUUUACAAUGGUAUAGAUUAAAAACUUCAUUUUUCUUCUAAAAUCUCUAUGUCCCACACCUAUUAUAUUUAUUUUUCUUUGACAUUGAAGUUGCAACAUAUUUUAUUUUACUACUCUCUCCGUCACUUAAAACUUUGUCAACUUUCUUUUUUUUAAAUGUCCAUCUAACUUUACCACUUUCCUUUUAAGUACAGAAUUUGUGGUUCCGGUUAAUUCUCGCUCCUCUGCACAAAUCUCUAUCAUACAGUUUUUAUUUUAUUAAUCUCUGUAACGUCAAACAUGACAAAUUUUUAAGGGACGGAGGUAGUAUUUUACUACAUUUUGCCAAUUAUUUUUGCAAUACGCGUUAUUUAAUUAAAAUUUGGCCCCACCUGAAUGGCAAUGCUAGAUCCGCCCCUGGCUGUGAUGUCGACGGAAAACGGAAGGAUGACUGCUGCGAUUUCGUCACAGGUCUUGGGCUAUCUUCCACAUGUUUACGGGCGAGUUCACCAACGAAAGGAAUGGUCAGUGUUGUGACUAUGGUGGGGUGGCAAAAGAAGAGAGGAAAAAUGGGUCCUGGGUUUGCCGGUUGGGUGCUUCGCCGAAGAAGAAAGUAACGAGGGAAGAAAGAAAGAGUUGCAGGGAGGAGAUGAAAGAAAAAGAGAAAGAAAAAGGAUAAGAAAAUCAAAAAUAAAAAAAAUGCCACUUGGGCAUCCAGGUCACAAGUUUCACCGGCGAAACUUAAAACAACCGGCUAAAAAUCAAAAUUGGAUUUUCUUUUAUAGUUGAG